AACAUGAGUCGUGGAGGCGGACCGAGGGGGGCACUCAGCAGGCAAGUGACGGCGGAGACGGUUAACCAGCUCUAAGGACAGGGUCAACUGAAGUAGCUAAAGUUGUCUGAACACAAGUUUUAAGUUUUUUUUCUGACAGUCAGAGAGAAAAUAAUAUCGUCCAGCGACGUAACGCUGCAUCUGAGUGAGGGUGUCCGGUUUCCCAGUCUGAGGGAUUGCGAUGCCCUCUGACUUUAUCUCCCUUUUCAGCGGGGACCUCGACCUGAAUUCUCCCAGAUCCUUAUACUCAAAAGAAUCAGCGUAUGACCUUCUUCCCAGAGAGCUGCAGUUGCCUUCCUUCACUCAGCAGAACCCAAAAGUCAUGAGUCAAAAGAGCGGUGGAGAGGCAGGGCCUCCCCCUUCAGCAGCUGCAGCAAAAGAUGCCAUGUCCUCUUCUAUGACCAUGGAAGGCCCCCGCAGUGCUUUUUCCACCUCUUCCAGCUCCACCAUGCAUUCCAGUACUUCAGCUACUGACCAGAACCCGGUUCACAGCGGCAAUGUGGACCCAGAGGACACCAGGAGUACCAGAGCGGUACCAGAGGUUGUCGGAGCAGAAGGUGGGAAUGGUAAUGGCAGCAGUAGCAGUAACUGCAGGGGUAGCGGUGACCUGGGAGGAGGAAGAGGCGCAACAUCCCAGGAGGCCCAGCAGCAUCACCAGAUGACCCCAUCUAAACGCCGGACUGUACUGAACAUCUCUCCACCGCCACAAGACUUGCUUGAUGACAGCCGUAUGUCCUGCCAGGAUGAAACAUCCCUGGACUCAGAGCAGAGUAACAGCAUCUGGAUGGAUGACUCUGUCUCCAACUUCAGUAUCAUGAGCACUGUCUCUUACAAUGACAACACAGAGGUGCCACGAAAGUCCCGCAAACGUACCCCUCGCCAGAGACCUGGUCCCAAGACUGUACCUGCAGAUGGAGCCAGCAUGGAUGUGUUCGAUGCAGACAGUGCCAAAGGUCCACACUUCGUCCUGUCACAGCUAGGCCCUGACAACAAGACUGUUCCAAAAGGAAGCUCUGAUGAUCCUCACACAACUAAACAGAAAGGAGGAACUCUUUUGAUGCAGUACCCACAGAAGAGUGAGGGGAAGGAACUGAAGAUCGUAGUCCAGCCUGAGACUCAGCACCGAGCCCGCUAUCUGACCGAAGGCAGCAGAGGGUCAGUGAAGGACCGCACUCAGCAGGGCUUCCCUACUUUGAAGCUGGAGGGAGUGAAUGAGCCAGUGGUUUUGCAGGUGUUUGUGGGCAACGAUACUGGACGUGUGAAGCCUCAUGGAUUUUACCAAGCUUGCAGAGUGACUGGCCGCAACACCACAGCCUGCAAAGAGGUGGACAUUGAUGGCACAACUGUCAUUGAGGUGUCCCUUGAUCCAAGCACCAACAUGACACUGGCGGUGGACUGUGUUGGGAUCUUGAAGCUCCGUAAUGCUGAUGUCGAAGCUCGCAUCGGUGUGGCUGGGUCAAAAAAGAAGAGCACACGUGCUCGGCUGGUGUUUCGGGUCAACAUCCCCCGUCCAGAUGGUUCAGUGCUGACUCUACAGACUCCCUCAUCUCCAAUCCUGUGCACUCAGCCUGCAGGGGUGCCUGAAAUCCUGAAGAAGUCACUGCACAGUUGUUCAGUGAGGGGAGGAGAAGAGGUCUUUAUCAUUGGCAAAAACUUUCUCAAAGACACCAAAGUCAUAUUUCAGGAGAAUGUCUCUGAUGAGAAAUCGUGGAAGGCAGAGGCUGAAAUUGACAUGGAGCUGUUUCACCAGAAUCACUUGAUAGUGAAGGCUCCUCCAUACCAGAACCAAGCCAUCACCUCUUCAGUGUGUGUGGGGAUCUAUGUGGUUACGAAUGCUGGGAGAUCUCACGAUGUUCAGCCUUUUACCUACACUCCAGAUUCAGCAAAAAAUGAUGUUCCAGUGAAGAAAGAGAUGCCAUCUCCAGUGAAGACUUGUUCAUUUGAUGAACAAAUUAAAGUUCUAGAUGGUGCCUUGAUGCCUUCAAUGUUGCCUUUAGUAAAGAGAGAAGAUGUCACUCCAAUGGAGGUCACCAGCAACCUCCAGUCUUCUGGUGUAUUUAAGCAGACUGAUGACUUGUGUCCAGCCCAGCAGAACACAGAUAUGACUGCAGGCCAUCUAAAUAAAAACAGACCCUUUUCCAACAACCUGUCUCAGCCUGCAGGUGACCCUGACAAAGGCCAGGCUUCUGUUUUUACCAACACAGAGCCUUUAAGCACUAUCCAGAAGCAAGACAUUGCAGCCACCAGCUCCUUCUCUGUGCCUGACGACUCUCUGCUUCAGCAAAGCACACAGCAGUUCCUCCUGGAACCCAGAGAGGGCCUCGGGCAGGAGAGGCCCGGCAGUGGCUCUGGGGCCGUGGGGAGGCUAUGUGGAGAACCUGCACCUCAACAGCAGCAACUGCCGCUGUUCCCCCCAGACGAAGUGGCCCAGCUAGAAGAGGCAGUAAGGCAACUUAAAGCCAAAGGGUACUGUAACUUACCACUUCAGUCUGAUAACUCAAUGGCCAAACAGCAGCAACAACACAUCCAGCACCAACAACAGAUCCAAAAACAGCAAAUUCAGCAGCAGCAACAACAACAACAACAGCAACAAAUUCAGCAACAGCAGCUUCAGCAGCAGCAACAACAGCAGGUUUUGGAGAAUUUACAGCAGCAGCUCUUUCAGUCACAGAUUCAGAUGCAGUGUGGCAUGUUUCAGGAUGCCUCUCAGGGCAAGAACGCAGAACAGCAGGGCCCGUCACAAGGAGUGGUGCCAAACCAGGGGAAUCUUUUCCAACAGCAGCAACAGCAGCAGCAGCAACAGCAGCAACAAGCAGCGCUCUUUCAGCAGGCGAGUGACCUGCUCUCUAUUCAGACCAAUUUCCUCCAGCAGACACCCUCACACCCUUCACCACCUAUGUUCCACAAUCCCAAUUCUUUGGCUGAAACACAAGAUCCACAGGGGGGAUUGUUUCAGAAAGCCUCUCAGGAGCAGGUCCAGGCCGCUCUCUUCCAAAACACCAUGACAGUACUACAGUCUCCAGACCAACAGCCCUCGACCCCUGGACUUUUCCUCCCUCAGACGUCUCUGCCCUCUCAGCUAACUACCACCAGUGCUCAACAGCAGCAGCAGCAACAACAGCAGCAGCAGCAGCAGCUGGCCUUCCUCAGUGCUCUACAAACUCCUGCCCCUGAACCACAAUCAGUAUUUCAAGCUCAGACCCAGCUCUCCCCCAUCCAGCAGAGAACCCCCAUGGAGCAGCAGCAGCCCUCCCAGCCUCAACCCCACACGCAGCCAGCCCAGCAGGCUUCCCUGUUUCAGAACAUCUCCCCACAUCCAUCAGCAAACACACUCUCUCCAGGCCAGCAGCAGCAACAGCAAGCUGGCCUGCUGUUCUGCAACAACCCCCUGUCCUCUCCGGACCAGGCCUCCAGCCUCCUGUUCAGCAGCCAGGGCCAGAUGCCACCGCUGACCAGCAACAGUCUAGUUUCCCAAGAACCCCAAAACCGCUCUCUGCUCUUUUCCCAAGCCAGCAUGGUGACAGUAAACCAGCAGGACCGCUCUGAGCCCAUGGCCUUAGGGAACCCCACUGAUCCGCGACAGCAAGUCAUGUUUCAGGAGCAGCAGCCAAUGCAGCUGGGCAGCAGCUCAAACAACCGGCAGGAGCAGUCUGUGGGCCUCUUUAUGCCCCAGUCUAACAUGGCCUCUCUGCAGGGGGGACUGGCUGCUCAGGAGCUCGCCCAGUCAGCCAUGUUUGCCUCACAGAACGGCGUGGCAAACCUCCAGACGACCACCUCCUCCCCUGUUCAGCAGCCAGGGACUCUGUUUCAGACCGCUGUCAGUGGGAGCAUCAAUCAGUCGAGCCAGCCUCAACAAUCUGGCCUCUUCCUUUUUGGGAUUCAGAAUGAAUGCGGCCAGCUGAUGAACACUCCUGGAAACACGCUGUCGGAUCAGAUUAUAGCCAUCAGCCAGUCUGGUCAGAACCAAAGAGAGAGUGACGCACACAUCCAGUCCCUGCUCAGCCAGUCCCUGUCUCAGUCUGGCUCUGUGCAGAACAGCAUGUCUGCCUCUCAGAACAUGGAGAAGAUUGAUGACCUGCUGGUCAGCCUGCAGGAGUCGGGCAGCAACUUAACUCGUUCAUACUAGCCUUCGUACAGGUUCAUGGAUUUGUCUUUUUAUUUUUUACUCAUAAUAUCUGGAAUAAUUGUAAAAUGCAGAGUCAAAUUAUUGUCUGUUGAUAAGUACAUGCUGUAAAAGAUUUGUGAAUUAGCCCUGCAUCGGGAAGUUUGAGACCAACUGAACAUUAUGUGUUUAUAUCUGAUCACCAAAUAUUUUUCUGCCCUUUUAACGCAUUAUUUGGCCUUCGUCGGGAUUAGGAAAGAAAAGUCCUCAUGAUUAUUCCCCAGUGUGGCAUGAAUGAUAGAUAUUAUCUUAUUGUUAAGUACAAACUAGGCCUGAACUAUGAAUUAGGUUCGGAAUUUCUUGGCUGAGUGAACUGGCCAAGAAAAAUUUAAGUCUUGCAUUAACUUAUGACUGACUGACUUCCCACUGUUAAAACAUGCAUGUCCAGGCGAGAACAGACAAAUUGUCAUUGUGAGAAAAGCAGCAUUUGGCAAUUUUCCUCAGAAAGUGGCCUUGUUAUUCUUUUAACUUGUGAAGUUUUGUGUACAUUGUGUAGAUACCUUGUCAGUGAUGUUGCAACCUCUUUUGGUUCUCGUGGUGUUUUCUAAAGUGUUCUCCAAAGUGUUUAGCGGUUUCCAUGAAUAGUGUUCCCUUUAAUACUUCUUUUGUAUUUUUUUUGUUGCGAGGAGGGUAGAGUGUGGUACAGCAGGAAAGUUCAGGCUGUGGUACGUAUGGUUGAAUACAUCGAAGAUGUCGAAGGUGGGCACUGUUGACGUGGCUGGAAAUUAUUUAUCAUGUGACGCAACAGUGCAGAAAGUGUAUUGAAAGGUUAGAGAGAUAGGAUAGAGAGUAGACAGGGAAAUGAAAGGUAGAAGAACUGCAGAAAUGAACAGAAACGUUUACUACACUAAUCUGAUGUGUAGUCACAAACAAGUGUCAGUCAUAUAUAUGGGUGCUUAAUAUUUCAAUGAAUUAGCAGCCCACAAGUGAAUAUACUUUCAUCAAUGACAUAAAGAAACUGUUCUCAGUUGGUAGAUAACCAAAGUAAUGUGCUAUCUACAAAAGGCCUGGCUAAACUGGGUCUAGUCUUGUCUAGACCUGUUUGGUACAGUAAUACUUAUUACAGAAUAUUUGUAGUUAAGCCAACAGCUGUUUAGUGAAGAUCGUCACCCCCAGCUGUGAAAACACAUCUUUUAAUAUUAGAUACCAUCUCCGCCACAGUGUACAGAUUUUUGUAAUAUAGGUAAGCUAACAUUUAGUCUGUAUUCAUCAAAACCAAACUGAUUCAUCCUUUAAUACAUUACAAAGAGACGCAUCUGUUAAGAAAGUGGGGUGGUAGAAUCAUAUAAUAUUGGCAGACUUUAUGUAUAUUCAGCACUUUAUGCUGUUCUUUGUGACCACUUUACUCAUCGAGGGUACAUUACAGUCCCACAAGAGGUGAUGUUUUUAUCAGUCGCCUCUUCCUCAUUGUUUACAGUGAAGAACGCACGCGGAUCAGAAAUUGUCGUUACUGUCCCGUGUUUGCAUUGCAAUAUUUGUAUACUGGAGCAGACUCGGAAUUUCUUUAAAUCCAAUACCAUUAAACCAUAAAUCACACAGUUAAAUUUAGUUACCACAUACCACCUUUCUCCUGUUGGUUUGAUUGUGUAAUAUGUGCAUCUCAUUGCCAGCCAUGUUACAACUAUCAUACUUCAUUCCCAAAACCUAAUACAUUAUUUAUUCCUGAAAACCAGGUUACAGAUCUGGACAAAGGAGGAAAAUGUGGAUCAUGACAUUAUUCAAAUAGUGUAAUUACAGUUGACAUAUAACUCUUAUUUAAAUACCUGCAUCUACAGUAGAGAGAGCAGAGUGUAAUAAAGUAUAUAAUAAUAAUUAUUAUAAUUUUUGUCAUAAGGGUCAGAUCAUAUGUGUUUUAGUAUCAUUUUGAUGGCAUCAUUCUGCGUCAGGCACGCAUGAACUGGAAUAGUAUUCUUCGACCAGCUAGAAAAGAGCCUUUUUUUUUACCAGUUUUAUUAAUGUGAUGGAUUUGGUGAAUGUUAAGGAGAAGCAAUAGUUUGUUGGCUACAACUGUACAUUAUACAUCUCAUCCAGGUUAAGGUAUUAAACAUGCAGGAAAAGAGCCCAUUUUACAUGUUUUCUUUUAAAAGUGCAAGUUUUAAAGACUUGAUGUCUUUGUCUGCAGUUGGCCAGUGGCCUCAGGACCAAAGUUUGACUCAAAUCUUGCUUUGUCUAAAUCCUGAUGACAGGCCAGUUUUAUGGCUUGUGAGCUUAUAUUUUCUUUUCUUUUUCUCACUUGCAAGUUAACUUUUAAGAAGCUUUUUUUUUUUUUUUUGCCUUCUAAAUAUGUGCUGUACAAAUAUGCUGUCACACUUUUCUUUCUGUUUGUUUGUUGUGUUGUUUUGUCCAAAAAAAAAAGUGUCAUGUUUAGUUUCACUGUAAGUGUAUGCAUGAACAAGGGGCUGGUCUCUGAUGAUGACAUAAUUAGCUCAGUUUUAUGCCUCAGUUGUUGUCUUGUUUUCUAUGUACAGUUUGUUAGAAAUACAUAAACACCGUUACAUUUUAUACACUUCAGAAACAGAUGUUUUAUGAUGGAGAUUAUGUAAACUUGACUAAUGUGAUUUGUGGAAGAUUUGUGAUGUGUCAGUCUGAGCAGUUUGAGUGGUUUUUAAAGGGACCCUACUCCUGAAGGAAACCUGACUUUGGAGAAAAGAGCUAUCUGUGAUUGGCUUUCUUCAACUUGUGAAAUAGAAGAACUAAGAUUUCCAGUGUUGAGUAUUUAUGAUUUUAUUUGUUUUUGUUUGUUUUACAAAGUUUAGAAAGACUAUCUUUUUUUAUUGGUAUAGUACAUGUGCCUCUUGUCAGAGAAGCAUAUCUAAUUUAUUUGUGUGUUGGUUAUUAUCUAAAUUGUUUCCCGUAGUCAUAGUUGUGUUCAGAACUAUAUUGAUGACAGCAAUGUGAUUUGCCCCCCCCCCCCCACACACACACACCUUCUGAUACUGUAACUGGCACCUUGUGAUGAUGAUAAAUGUGAUAGUAAAGUGCUUUGUACACUAUGAAUAACAUGUACAUUCCUGUGCACAGUUGCUCUUUUGUAAUUUUGGAAGGUGUAGAUGUAAUAAUAUACACCUUAAUGUACAUAUCAAUGUUUGUUCAAGGCUUAUAAGUGGACCGCCAGCCCUGUAGUUCUUUUUGACCAAAUAGUUAGCAGGGCAGAAUGGCACCAAGCAGUUUUUACUGUCAACAUCCUUCAAAACAGAACCAACAAAUUUCAGUAUUUUUACUAUGAAUAUAGUGCUGAAUGUGAUUAUACAGUGUGGCUGUGAAUGCCUCACUUAGAUGCAGAAUGUUCUUUUAUACACAUACUGGGGAGGUAAUUACUUUUUGGAAAUUACAGUUUUCUCAUUUGUGUAUUUACAAUGUAACUGGAGAUCAGAAAUAUAUAAAAGUGUGACUCAUUACGCAGUCACUACAAGUUGUAUGUAAAAGAUGGGGGGAUUGCUGAUAAAAGUUCUCAUAUUUCCUCAAGACGCUACAGACUCUUUUCUCUGUUUCUUUCAAUAGAACAAGAUGUGGUUUUCUUUUAACAUUACCAGUUAAUUUAAUAUUAACAAACUGAGUCUAUCACAGAUGUUCAAAUUGUAAAUUUUUUCCUAAAAUGUCACUUCAGACUGUAGUAGGUAUUGUACACGUGCCUUGAGCAGAUGCUGUAGUAGCAACCAGAUUGAUGUUUUACCGUUGUUGCCUGUUUAAUACCCCGCUGGUUCUGCCAGUGAUGAUUAGUCCUCAUUAAUUAGAGUAUUUUAAGCCAUAAGACUUUAAGUGUACUUUAAAUGCUCAACAACACAGACCAGAUAAAUGAGGUUGUGGUUGAUAAAUGUGUUGUGCAAUUUCUGUCAUUCAUUUAACUUGUUUGUACUGAAGUAUCCAUUGCAUUUAUGUUAUACAACGUAGAUGCAGGCAACUUUUUUCUGAAACUGCUAUGCAGCUAAUAUACUGUAAAUGUAGAUCUGUUAGUUUUUGAAUAUAUAUUUUUCUAAAUAGCCUCUCCAAAGUAGAAAACCAAAGUAGAUGUUCUUUCUGUUAUUUAUGUUGCUUGUUUAAAUACUUUCUGAUGCUUUGAGUGCCGCCUUAAACCGAUUUUUAAAAUCAUUUAGUCAGUUAAAAUGCAAAUUUAUCUUCUCAACAACAAUCUCAGACAUGGAUACUUUUUGGGGGGUGAGACAAGGGUCACUAAUUGUUUGUCAGACUUCUUUAUUACCUUUUUGCCUACAGGGUUUAUAUAGAGGUUUACGUUGUAUCCAGGCUUGCUGUUUACUGGUGCAGUGGUUCCUAAUCUUUCUGAUUUCUCUCAGGGCCUCUGAGUUACUAGUUUAUAUCAUUUUCACACAUUUUGUUAUUCAGACCAGGAAAAAGGCAAUGAGUAUUUGUUUUGUCCUGUAAUUUAGGAACAAUGUGGACUACAAGUUCUGAAAAACAUUUAUGCACAAUGUAAUUUGUCCCUAAUUUAUUCUGAGUCUGACAUUAUUUCCCAUACGCCGUUGCUUACACUUUUGUAAAAAUUAAGUCUCUUCACUCCUAACAAAAGUGAACCAAUCUGCUAGUAAACAGACAAUUUUUGGCCCUGGAAAUAGCAAGGGGGACAUUUUGCCUUUUUGUUUCAAACCAUGUGAACAACUGUCAAAUAACCACCCUUGCGGUUGGGGAGGGGGACCUCUCUACAUAUUUGGCUUUUGUUGGGACUUUUUUAUUCUCUUGCAAUUAAAUUUCUGUAAACUUGCUGCUAUCUGUAUUAAACAUAUAUACUUUAAA